AUGGCAUUCUACAUUGGUAGUUUCAUUGGUAAUGUUCUAUUUGGAUAUAUUGCUGAUAAAUUUGGGCGUCGCCUAUCAUUCUUUAUGAUUCUUGCAACGCUUGUGGUAUGCGGUACAACGAAUUCAUUUGCAUGGGAUAUUCAUUCAUUUAUGAUAUUACGAUUUCUCACCGGAUUAGCAUUUCCGGCGCUCUUUCAAUUACCAUUUAUUAUAAGUAUGGAAUUUAUGGGUGAAUCGGGUCGAAUAUUUACCAGUAUUUUAAUCGAUGUAUUCUUUGGAACAGCUUUGGUUUUACUUGGUGUUUUAGCUAUGUUUGUUCGUCGUUGGCGACAGCUAAUUUUUUUAAGCAAUGCACCAUUUAUUCUUUUGUUUACUUAUUACUUCAUUGUUCCCGAAUCACCACGUUGGUUAGUUUCUGUUGGCCGAUAUACUGAGGCUAAAACUAUUAUUAAACGUUUAGCAAAAAUUAACAAACGAAAUGAGGUAGAUGUUGAUGAUUUAAUGUUAAGAUUCAUUAGAAGCAGAUGUAAUUUAACACCAUGUUCCAAUAAAUACAAUUUAAUUGAUUUAUUUCGGACACCAAAUCUUCGCAAGAAAACCAUUCUUAUCACCUAUAUUUGGUUUGUGAAUGCAGUCGUUUAUAACUGUUUAACAUAUAAUAUAUCAAAUCUUCCUGUUAAUGAUUACUUAUCAUUUAUUAUUAAUGGUGCUGUAGAAUUACCAGCUUAUUUUCUUGUUUGGCCAUUACUUGAUGCUAUUGGACGUCGAUGGUCAUUAGCUGGACCAAUGAUAAUUGCCGGAUUAGCAUGCAUUUCAACAAUUUUAACACCUAUUACUGAGAAACAUCCGUUAUUUGUUGCAAUAAUGGCAUAUAUAGGCAAAUUUGGAAUUGCCGGAAGUUUUGCCGUAAUAUAUUUAUUUUCCGGCGAAUUAUAUCCAACUGUUUUACGUGCACUCGGUAUGGGAAUGAGUUCGAUGGUUGCCGGUUCCGGACUCAUUCUUGCACCAUAUAUUGUACGCCUGGGUGAUUACUUACGUAUUUUACCGCUGAUAAUUAUGGGUUUACUGGCAAUAUCAGCUGGAAUAGCAUCAUUUUUUCUACCGGAAACAAUGAAUAAACCUAUACCACAAACACUGGAAGAAGCGGAACUGUUAGGGAAAUCUGAAAAGUUUCAUUUUUUUACAAAGAAAAAAGAGAGAUGUAGAAGUGUGAAGGUGCUUGAAGGGACUGAAAGACGUUCAGAAGUUUUAUUAACAGAAAAAACACCUGUUGCCGCAUCAUCACGUGAACUUUUUGGAUUUCUGAUAAUGAAUGAAGACUUCAAAGAAGUUUUGGUUUGA